AUGGUUACCAACGAAAUUCCAAUGGAAGACCAAGGAGGAAGUUGGAGCAUGGAAGUCGUGGGAACAAUUCCAACAGACCAAAAUAACAAUGCGGAAAUCCAGUCUCUUAAGCAACGAAUUCUGGUGCUGGAAGAGGAAAAGAAAAGUCUCAAUAACAUGUAUCAAAAAACGGUAACGGAUUACGAACUGUCGAAAACAAAACUGAUGCAAGAAUACGAGACAAAGAUCGGGCAACUCAAAAUUGAGCGAGACAACUGGCAAAAAAAGUAUAACGAGUCACAAAGAGAAGUCCAAAGACUUAAGCAAAAGAUGUCCGCCAUGGAAAUAGAAAAUCUUCGUAUGAUUGAAGACUUGAAAAGGGAGCUUUCAAACAAAUGUAAGAUGGAGAAGGCAGAAAUAGAAACCAGGUUCUCCACUGAAAAAGAUGAAAUGCAAGAUAACUUCGAAGAACAAAUACAGAUGCUUCGAGCAGAAAACGAGGGUCUGUUACAGACGUAUCAGAAGAGCACGAAGGAGUAUGAGAUGAAGAUUGUACAAAUUCAGCAGGAAUAUGAAGUUAAACUAGGACAGCUUAAACUUGACAAAGAAAAACUUGCGAAAAAGAAUACUAACCUCAGCACACAAGUGACUACAUGGCGUGAAAAAUGCUCAUCUCUUGAGAAACAAUACGAAGAAAUGCUGGCAAACCUGAAGAUUGAGUUGACGGAAAAAUGCCAAGUUGAAAAGGGUGAGAUGGAAGCUGCCUUCACGAAAGAAAAGGAAUCCAUGAUGGCAGCUCACCAAAAAUCCCUAGACGAAUAUGAAGCGAGAAUAACUUCAGUCACUGAGCAAUAUGAGGAACAGUUGGCGCAACUCAAAGCGCAGAAGGAUACAUUUGAAACAAGCUACAACGGUUCUUUGGAGGAAAUUACCGAGCUGAAGAAAAAAUUGAAGGAGUUAGAGGAAAGCUACGAGUUACAGAUGAGGGAGCUCCAAGAUAAGCUAAAGAUGGAGUACCUUCAAAAAGAAAAUGCCAUGGAAAGUGAAUUCGAUACAGACAAGCAAGACUUAAUAAACAAGUACAAGAAACUUAUACAACAAGGUGAGAUCAGAAUACAGGAAAUUCGAAAGGAAAACAAAGUGAUUAUUACGAAACUGGAGACAGAGAAAACACAGCUCAUGGAGCAACAUGCUGCAGAAACUCAGACAUGGCAGGAAAAGGUUAACUCGCUAGAACAGAAGUACAAAGAACAAAUGAAAGGUCUGGAGCAGGAGCUGCUUGAAAAAUAUGAAAAGGAGAAGAGUGAAUUUGAAGUCAAUUUCAUGAAAGAAAAAGAAGAAAUAAUUGAAAGCCACAAGACCACGAUUCAGAGUUAUGAAACAAAAUUGACAAGCACUCAACAAGAUUAUGAAGUGAAAAUUGCUCAGAUGGAAAAAGAGAUAGAAAGGCUCGAAGAGACCAGUAAGGCAAACACGGAAAAAAUGGAACAAGAAAUUUUAGUUUUAAAACAGGGUCACGAGAAACAGAUUAAGGAAGUCAAAGAUGAGAUGACAGAAAAAUGCAAUAAGGAAAAAAGUGAAAUGGAGGAGACAUUUUUCAAAGAAAAAAACAAUUUGGUAGAGUCCCACAAGACUGUGAUAACAGAGUACGAAGAAAAGAUUACUGGUCUUCAGGAGGAAUUGGAUGCCAAGGCUGAUGAGAUGGAAAGUGAAGUGAGGGGCCUCAAGGAGUCACACCAAAAAAGUCUUGAAACACUGAGACAAGAAGUGGCUGAGUUAGAGAAGAAGCAUAAAUCAAAUACCAAGGAGCUUAAGGAGGAAAUGACGGCUAAGUUCGACAAAGAAAAGGAAGAAUUAGAGUCAAGAUUUCUAAAGCAGAUGGAGGAGCUAAAGGUGUCCAAUGCAAACACAGUUAAAUCGUACGAAGAGCAACUAGCUGCAAUCAAAGAAAAAUACGAAAAGAAAUUGGCAGAUUUAGAGGCUGCCAUGAACAGUCACGAACAGAAGUAUAAAGAAAAGAUCCAAGGGCUGAGAGAAGAGUUGUCUAGUAGCGUGGACAAAUAUGAACAGCAUAUUAAAGAAACGAAGAAAGAACUUCGACAAAAAUAUGAAAAGGAAAAAGAAGAGAUGGACAAAGAAUAUGCUGAUGAGAAAUCCAAGUUAACAGAGAGUCACGAACAAACUGUUUCUGAUUACGAAAAGAAGAUAGCAGACAUCCAAGAAGAAAUGAAUUUAAAGUUAGAAAAACUUAGAGAGGAAAAGGUGUUGUUGAACGAAGACCACAGCCAAAAAGAAGAGGAAUUGAUAAAAAAAUGUACGACACUAGAAGAGACUUACAAAUUGAAAAUGACGGAAAUUAAAACAUCUCUUAAAGAAAAAUGUGAAAAGGAGAAGAGCGAGAUUGAGGCAAACUUUGACCAAGAAAAACAACAGCUCAUCGAGAGACAGAGUGAGAUCGUUAAGAAGUACGAAGUUAAGAUAACUGAUCUGCUGCAAGAUUUCGAGAAAAGGAAUUCUCAUUUUACAGCCGAAAGGGAGAAACUCGAAUCGCAGAAGAAGAAAUUACAGGCACAGCUUGAUAAGCUCCGUAAAGAAAUGUUGAAAUUACGAGAGCAAUACGAAACAACUCUAAGAACCACAAAGGAGGAAAUGGCUGACAAGAUGAGAAAAGAGAAUGCAGAAAUAGAGAAGCAAUUCAAAAAGGAAACUGAAAAUUUGAAGGUGCAACAUACUAAGAAGUUACAGCAGAUGAAAACCGAGAAAGAGGCUAUAAUAUCUAAACUAGAGCAAACAGUAAGAGAUCUGGAGGCCAAAAUCAAGGACUUGCAAAACCAGUACGAUCAGAAGACAGCUGAGCUAACGAGAGAAAACGACAGAUUAGUUGAGAGGUGCCAGAAUCUAGACAGAAAGAAUACAGAGGAGAACACCAGUCAUAGAACAGAGACAGCCGAACUAAAAGAGGAAAUAAAGAAGCGUGAAAACUGGAUGGAAGAAAGCAAGAACAAAUAUGAACAAGAGGUAGAUAAACUGAAGCAAAUUAUAGCGCAGAUGAAAGAGGAGAUGGAGCAUAAAAGUAAUCAAUUGACAACGAUGGAGAAAGAGCUAGAUCGAGUUCAAAACAAUCUUAAGGAAAGCCAAGAAGAGUUUAUCUUACAGAUAAGUUCAUUAAAGAAGAAAAUUAGUGCGUUAGAAAAUGACAAGAGGGGUUUGUUGAGCCGCAUACAGAGCCUUGAGGCUUCCAAGAGAGACACAAUAGUUAAUUACGAGGAAAGAAUUGUUAAGGAGCGAAAAGAAAUUGAACUGAGGUGCAUGUCACAGGUAUCAAAGCUACAGGAUGCGCUCACGAAAGAAUCGCAGGAGAAAGACAAACUUAACCAAGAGAAUCAGGAACUUCGGAGGGAAGUGACAAACUGGAAGACAAAAUUUAGCAACGCAGAGGACGAAUACACCAACAACAUGGAAGAUUUGAGCAGCAGGCAUGAAAAGGAAAUAAGCGACCAAAAAAUUGAAUAUGAAGAUGACUUAGCCGAUUUGAAUAAGCAAUUGGAGCAAAGGAAUGUAACCAUUUCAGCACUGGAGAAAGGAAAGCAAGAGCUUACCACGGCGGUCAAUGAGCUAACCAUCACAGUAGCAGGACUUGAGGAGGAAGCUACCAGACAAAACCUUGAAUGGGAGAAAGAUACCCUCGCAAUGAAAAACAAGAUCGAGAUGCUUGAGGAUGAAAAUAGAAAAUUAAACAAUGAAUCGGAACGAUUACGCUUGAAAUUGGAUGACGUUGAAAGACUUUUCAGCGAAAUUGAAGGGCAAAAUGAAGCGACCAUUAAAGACCUCAACGUAAAGAUUGAAGAAUACGAGACAAAGAUAAAAGGAUAUUUGGAGGUUGAGACAGCAAAUCGUGACAUGCUUAAGGAACUAUCUCGCUUACGAUCUCAACUUGAGGCUAAUUCAGUAAAGGAGAGCAAACUGAACCAGGAGAACGGCACCUUAACAUUAAAGAUAACAGAGUUGGAGUACCUUAAUAGAAGACUGACCGACGAUCUAGCAACAAUGGCCAAAAAAUGUUCAGAUUCAGAGGAAGAACGUAAAAUGGAGCUUGAGCAGUUAAAAGAGAGGCACGAAAUGGAGAGAGAAAAACACAUCGGUGAAAAAGAUAAGGCAACGGUCGAAGUGCGGAGAUUACAAAAGAUCGUAAACGAACUAGAAAGUACUGUAAGACGCUUAAAGGACUCUGCCGAGUCAGUCAACGAGGAGAAAAAGAGAGACGAAGAUCGUUUUAACUUUGAAUUGCAUGGUUUACUUGAGAAAUACGAAAGUGAAAGGAAGAGGAACGAGACGUUGAAGGAGGAGCUCCAGCAGAAGACCCGCAUUUUUGAGGAAAAGAACAGAGAGUGGACACGAAAACUGGAAGAUGCCAGCUAUAGACAUCGAGAUGAAAGAGAAAAGCUCCUAAAGGAAAAGAAAACUUUAGAGGAGAGUUAUGAGAAACAGCUGAAGGAUCUGAAAGAAGAAGCAACCAACGAAAGAGAGAUUUGUGAGAGGAAAAUAAGUCAACUUGAACAAACAUACAAGCACGAGAUCAACACAGUUCGUUAUGAACGCGAGCAGUACUUUAGAGAAGUCAGCAGUAAGGAAAUAGAGAAGACCCGUAAGGAACUGGAAAAGGAGAAGAAUGAUCUUCAGCAAGAAUUCUUAGCGGAAAAGAAACAGCUGAUUGAAGACUAUAACAAGAGAAUUCAAGACGAGAAUAGGAGGUUUACUCAGUGCGAGGAGAAGUAUAAAACUGAAUUAAAAACACUUACAAGGGCAAAGUCGGAGAUGGAGAGGAAGAUAUACGAUCUAGAGACGACAAUUGAAAGAACCAAAGAACAACUGACGUAUCGCUUCACGGAAGAACGUCGUAAGAUAGAGUAUAAGCUAGAAUCGGAGUUGAGGGAAGUCAAGGAAAAACACAGACUAGAGCUCAUAGAACGUUCGCAAAAAGACAAACUGGAUAUGGAGGCAAAAGUCAAAACCGAGAGAGAAGAAUUUGAAGAGAAAAUAAGUCUUGAGUAUCAAGCCAAGAUAACAAAAGAAGUAUCCAAUCGGGAAAGGCAACUGAAAGAUUCUUUCCAGAAACUAGAGAAUGAAUUUCGUGCAGAAAAGGAGCGGUUACUGGAGACGGAAGGAAAAUUGAAGAUGCAAAACGAAUUGUUGUUAAGGGAAAAAGAUGCGUGGCUUAAGCAAAGCCAGAGGGACAAAGAUGAACUGUCCGGAAAAUUGGAACAUGAAAAGGAAUUGCUAAAUGUAACCUUGGAAGCUAUGUCCAGGGAGCUUUCCAAGAUGAGAGAGGAAAAGACUUCUCUUUCCGAAUCCUUUAAGAAAGAAAAACGAGAGCUAGAGAAGAAGUAUGAAACAGAAAUGGCGGAAUGGAGAAACAAAGUCGAAAAGGGAAAGCAAGAAUUGAUGGCCCGACUCCGAGAAGAGUACAGACAGGCAGCUCAAGCUAACCAACGAUCGGCAGACGCAACUAUGACUGGGCUUAAAGAAAAACUAGUGAAAGCAGAAAGGAAGAUCGUAGAAGCAGAGGAGAACUUUAAGAAGGAGAAAAGCAAGUUAGAACAUCAAUUUAAGCACGAGAAAAUGGAAAUAGAGCAACGAACUCAAAGGAUCACGCAAGAAUUAAAGGUUUUCUUGGAGCAGGAGUUUUACAAAAGAUCACAAGACGAAAGGAAGAUUUAUGAGAACACCCUAUCGAACCUACGAAGCGAAAUACUAGAACUUCAGGAAGGCAAGAGCAGACUUGAACGAACUUUAUUGGAACAACAAAUGAUCGCGCAUAGCCUCGGGAGAGACGUCAGUUCACUGAAGAGUGAGACGCAGCAGUCAAGCCCUAGGCAACGGGAACUGAGUCUCCUGGAGCGAGAACUUCAAGAGUUACGACACAAAAACGAAAAGCUGAAAAUUGCCACGAAAGAGGCUCAGUUUUAUAACAAUGAGCUUGUACAGUGGGAGAGUGGAAAGAAUUGUCCAGUUUUGAAAACUGCUCAAGAAAUGACACCCACUGCCUCGACCUCACAGUUUCCUGUAGUUUAUAGCGGAGAAAGAGGGUUAUCGAGGGUCUCUAACGAAGGCAAAACCCGAAUCCUUGAGCAAACAGGCCUAAGGUUUCAAUCAAACAACGAUCGUCUUGAAAAAGAGUUGGAGAAAAUGGGAGAAAAGCUGUUGGAUUUGGAAGAAAGAAAAACGGAUCUUAUGCCAGAGGUUGAAGACGUCACAGCUGAUUCAGGAGAAAACUCAGAAGUAACAAACACAAAUCGAUUCUACAGUAGCAGUACUAGCUAUAUGGCGAGCAAUUCUUCGUCUGGACCUAACUACUAUUAGUUAAUGAAGAGGGGAGCACCUGUUAAGUCCAAAAUGGGUUGACGAGUUUGUUACCCAAGCUCGGAUCUCGUUACUUUAUUCACUAGUGAUAUAAGAUUAAUUCUUGGUGUUAUUUGGUGUAAGAUUAUUACCCAGGCUAUUAAGGAAAAGUAAGCAAACUGAUUGGUCUAGGACUGCGUCACAUCGUGUAAUCAUCACUUCGUGCAAGAUGACUAUAAUACUGCAGCACGAAAUCAAAAAAUGACGACAGCCUGUAUUGAUGAUAUUUCUGAAGUGAUUUUGAAGAAGAAUGAAAGUGAAAUUGCUUCGGUAAUCGGGGAGAUUGUACAGACUAGUCUAAUUGGUCUCUUUCAACAGUAUCAAUGAAGUGCUAAAGCCACAUGGAUUAAGUAAAAAUUGUUAAAUUUAGAGUAUUGAUAUACAAAAUGCCAGAAAAAUAGUAACUGAACAAGCCUUUUUGUGACACUACAUCUUAAUCCAAAGCGUGUAGUUGAUCGCUAGCACGUAAUUUAUAGU